UGUUACCAGAAUAACCAACCUUGGUUGGUUUUAGUUAUGAUUUGAGUUCUUCUGCAGUUCUGCGUACAGUUUUAACUGUAUUUUUUUAUUCAAUCAGUAAAACGAACACUAUGUCAUUCUGUAAUCCCGAAGAUCACAGAUCAUGGGACAUUGUGAAAGCAACGCAAUAUGGGAUUGUGGCAAGAUGUAAAGCUCUAAUUGAAGCUGGCUAUGAUGUACGAACACAUGAUUCAGACAAUAUAACUCUGCUUCACUGGGCAGCCAUUAAUAAUCGAUUAGAACUGGCAAGAUAUUACAUUUCUCUGGGUGCAGUAGUUGAUGUGCUUGGCGGGGAUUUAAUGGCAACACCACUACACUGGGCCAUCAGGGAAGGUCAUUUAGGCAUGGUUGUUCUUCUAAUACAAGCUGGGGCAGAUCCUUGCUUGCGUGAUGCAGAAGGUUGUGCAGCUAUUCAUGUUGCAGUUCAGUGUGCUCACACACCAAUUGUUGCUUACCUAAUAGCUAAAGGAACUGAUCCUGAUCUGCAUGAUGCAAAUGGUAAAACUCCACUGAUGUGGGCUACUUGGAGAACAUUUAGUGUGGACCCCACAAGAACCCUUUUGUCAAUGUAUGCCAGUGUAAAUAUGAAAGACAUGGUCCAACACAAUACACCGUUACAUUGGGCAUGCAUGUCUCAAAACACAAAUGUCAUCAUGUUGCUAGUUCAAGCUGGAGCUGACCUCGAUGCAAAGAAUGACAAGGGUGAAACUCCACUUGACAUCGCACGAAUUAAGAACGUUUGGAUCACAUCUCGUUUGCAAAUGAUAAGAAGGGAAAGAGGACUUGAUACACAGACCAACUUCUUUCAAACACUUGUCUCAAAUAAAACUUUUCGUCAGCGAACAACAUUUGUUGUAACUUUCUUCUCUAUGUUUUGUGUUGGAUUUAUUUUGGAGUUGAGCACCCCAUCCUGGCUUUCAAAAAUGAUUUUGUGUAUUUUUUGUUAUCUCCUUGUUCAUGGAAUUUCGGCGUUCUUAAUAACACAAAAUGAAACAAUGUUUAUAUUACCAUUAGCAAUAUCAAUUGCAACAAAGUUUUGGGUUUACUGUACAGCAUUUUUCUAUUAUUGGCCGUACAUCUAUGCACCAAUUGGAGUCAUCUGUUUUUUUCUUUUUUCUACUGGAAUGUGGUACUUCUUUUAUAAGUCUAUUAAAACCAAUCCUGGAAUCAUAACAAUGGCAGAAGAUCAGAAAAAAGGGGCGAUUGUACACCUUGCUGAAACGGAUGGUUUAAAGCUGGGAAAUAUCUGCAGUUCAUGUUUGAUUAUUAAACCACUGCGUUCAAAACACUGCUCAGUGACUAAUCGUUGUGUUGCAAAAUUUGAUCAUUAUUGUCCCUGGGUUUUUAACACGAUCGGUGCAGAAAACCAUCCAUAUUUUAUUGGAUAUCUGGUUUGCCUUCUAGGAAUCUUGAGCUGGCAUAUAUAUGCAGCUUUUCAAUUUUGGCAAUAUGGAACACCUGUCUCCACUGAUCUUGUUGGGUUUGAAAGAAUCUGGUCUAUUAUGAAGUAUUCACCAUGGGUUGUGUGGAUUUUUUUAAAUUGUGUCUUUCAUUCAACUUGGGUUUGUGUUCUGCUUGUUUGUCAACUAUACCAGAUUAUAUGGCUGGGUGUUACAACAAAUGAAAGGAUGAAUGCCGGAAGAUAUCAUCAUUUCCAUACAUCACAACAUGGCAACUUGGAAACAAGUCCAUUCAAUCGAGGUGUUGUGGCAAACUUCGCGGACUUUUUUCAAAUAGAGCUAUGUGGAAUGUUGAAACCACUGAAAAUUGAUUGGAAAUCGAAAAUGGAAUUUCUUCCGGAAUAUAAAAACGUUACAAUUCGUAAAUCACAUGAUCAUAUUUAAUUUUACUUUGUACUAGAGUAGAUGUAUGUAAGCACAAAUUUUCAUAUAUCAUAGUAUAUUAUGCUAUAAUUACUGAAAUCAGUCAAUGAUCCAAUUAAAUUGUGUUUAAUAUUUUUUUGUCAAUACUUACAUAUCUGUAUUGUAGUUUUUGUGUGUUACCCGUUUGUGUUCCAAGUUUGUUCUGUUAAACUGUUACAUGUCCGCAUGAUUUUAAUAAAAAAAUAAUUAGAACUAAAUAAAAA